GGUUUUUCCGGGGUUGUCCUCUUCCCUACAAAGAUGGCGGCGUCUGCCGUGAAGGGUGCAAUGGGGUUGCGAACAAGUAUUAGUCGGCCAGUUGCUUUUGUCAGGAAAAUUCCUUGGACCGCAGCCUCGAGUGCGCUGAGAGAACACUUUGCACAGUUUGGCCAUAUACGAAAGUGCACUGUACCUUUCGACAAAGAGACUGGCUUUCACAGAGGUAUGGGCUGGAUUCAGUUUUCUUCACAAGCAGAACUUCAGAAUGCAUUACAACAGGAAAACCACAUUAUAGAUGGAGUAAAGCUCCAAGUUCAAGCUCAAAGACCAAAAGUUGUGAAGGGGGAUCAAACAUCUGAUGAAGAGAGAGGUUUUUGAGUUUGAAUUACUACCUACUUAAUAAAAUAAAUGUGACCAAGAA